AUGGAGGACCGUCUCCAUUUCAUCUUUUUAUUUCUUCUGCUGGGCCCGUUUACAGGUGUUUCAGCCGUCGUUGAUUUCACCUGUAUCACCAAGCCCCGUAUUGAUAUCGACAGUGAAGACACCUACAUCGCCGCCUAUCUGAAUGGCAGUGAUGCUGAGCUGUCCUUCGCUCGAACGAUUGACACGUUUACAAGCGCCAAGAAGAACAACCAGUUAGUGUUACCUACACACAGCAUUGACACAACUCAGUCUGGUGAUGCGGCCAUCUCUAUUCUUAGGUUGCCAUCUGCGGGAGGAAAGUCAAGGGUUGGAAUCUUUGCAUGUAAAAACGGUGAUCACAAAAUAGGUACCGUCAUCAUGAGCAGAAAUGCUGACUUUUCUCCAACGCGGAUCAGUCUCACGGUCAACCGAGGUGAACCUGCGCGUCUGGCGGUUACUGCAGUUAAUCCAACCAGUACUUCUACCCGCUGGAGAAAAGAUGGAGCUACACCUGAUGAAAAGUUUUUUGAAAGCCUCCACUACAAUAUUGCGAGAACCUUAAGCUCAGACAGCGGCGUCUAUGAAGUCCAUUUACAAGGGGUACGUGCAAAGGGAAAGCAGGCACUUAUGCGGUUGGUUGUUAGAGGAUGCGAAAGAAACAGAUGGAGUCUGCCCUCUUGUGACAGGGAUUGUCCAGUCUGUUUCAACGGUGGUGUAUGCGACGACCGGAGUGGAGAAUGCAUUUGCCCGCCUGGAUUUAGCGGGGAUGUCUGCGAACAAUUGUUAGGCCCCAACCGUUUUGGACAAUCGGGAAGUUUUCGCUGCGACUCACCUGCGUUAGGAGGCGGUCCUACGUGUGCAGGGAUGCUGUUCUGUUUACCAGAUCCUUAUGGCUGCUCGUGUGCUUCAGGGUACCAAGGAAUCGACUGUGAUGACUCAUGUGAUGAUGGUUUCUACGGAGCAGACUGUGCACAGACCUGUCACUGCAUGGACGGGGCCGCGUGCAAUAUAACUACGGGCGAGUGUCCCGGGGACUGUGCGCCAGGAUUCGCGGGUAUCAACUGUCAGGUCAAGUUAACCGUGGAUGAUUUCACCUGUAUCACCAAGCCCCGUAUUGCUAUCGGCAGUGAAUACACCUACAUCGCAGCCUAUCUACAUGGCGGUAAUGCCAACCUGUCCUUCGCUCGAACGAUGUUCACAUAUACAGGAAGUGAAAGUCCCAAUCCCCCAGUACCCCCAGCGACGUUACAGUUACCUACCAACUCUAUGGAAACAAACUCGUCAUCUGCGGAAAAUAAGAUCUCUGUUCUCCGAUUGCCAGCGGCAGGGGGGAAGACGAGGAUUGGGGCUUUCGCUUGCAGAGCAACGACAGCGGGAACUGAUCCAUACAACAUUGGUACCGUCAUCAUGAGCAGUAAGGCUGACUUCCUUCCCACUCAAGUGAGUCAAACGGUAAACCAGGGCGAUGCAGUCAAUCUGACCGUCACUGCAACAGACCCAGCCCGUAACUACACUCGAUGGAGAAAGAAUGGCAGUGGAGUAUAUACGAACAGAAACGACGAUCUAUACUUUGAUUUCAUCAGUCCUAGUCUCUCAGACACUGGGAUCUAUGAGGCUCAUUUUAAGGGGGAACGUAACCAUGGAAACCAGGCACUUAUGCGGUUGAUUGUCAGAGGUUGCGGAAAAAAUAUUUGGAAUGCUCCCUCUUGUGACAGUGAUUGUCCAGUCUGUUUGAAUGGCGGUAUAUGUGACGACCGGAGCGGCGUCUGCAUCUGCCCGCCCGGUUUUGGUGGAACUCUCUGCGUAAUACGUGAGUUUGAAAAUUCACCAAACCGUUUUGGUCAAUCGGGAAGUGUUGGCUGCGACUCACCUGAGUUAGGAGGCGGUCCUACGUGUGCAGGGAUGCUGUUCUGUUUACCAGAUCCUUAUGGCUGCUCGUGUGCUGCAGGGUACCAAGGAAUCGAUUGCAAUGAAACUUGUGGGGAUAAUACUUACGGAGCAGACUGUGCACAGACAUGCCACUGCAAGGACGGGGUCGCAUGCAACAACACUACGGGCGAGUGUCCAGGGGACCAGGACUGCGCACCUGGAUUCACGGGCAUCAACUGUCAAGAAAAGUGUCUCCCAUCCAGAGAAAGCAGCUCAUCAUGCGACAAAACCUGCACUUCGCCUCCAGGAACGACACAAAAGCCACAGAAUGUGAGGUUGUCUUUCCAAAAUGACACGAGCAGCGUGAUUUUCCGAUGGAAUCAUGUUCUUUGUCCUGAAAGUAAUCAGAACAUCACAAACUACGCGUACAGGUUAUCCAGAAGAGACAAUAAUCGAGAGGAGCAAGUAGGCCGAGUACAAGGCACUUCGGUCACUCUGGUGAUAGGCAGCAUACCGGUGUCACCCUGCGCACACACGUUUAAAGUUGCUGCUGAAACUUCCAAAGGCAUCGGGCCAUACACCAAGAAAAUCCGGUUGAUGAAUGCAACUAAACUUCCACUUCCUGUCAGUGAACUCGCUGUGGCAGGUACCUCUAUUGAUAAGUUGUUUGUAUCAUGGAGAGCCAGAACAAGUCCGGAAAACCCUUGUGGACCAGAGGACUAUCUGGUGACGUAUGAACUCCUCCUUCGCGACCAAUUUCCGUUAGUUGCUCCGGAAUUCCACUCGAGUGAACCAGCCCCCGACAGCAUCAUGUUCAACUGGAACCCCAUCCCUUGUGGCAGUACACGUGGCAGCAUCACGUCGUAUGAAACACGUCUGACGCCAUCAGGAAGAUGGAUUGGCAGUAAGACUGUCACAACUGAGUCUGUGACUUUUGAUGGCUUGUCGCCGUGUUCUCUCUACACCCUAGGAGUGUGGCCUCGUACCAAAGCCGGAAGAGGUCCACCAAUGGUAGAGCAACAAAGUACAGACACUAUUGUUCCAGAUGUUGUUGGAGAAUUGUCUAUCACGGUCAUUCGUCAUGAGCAACUAAAUGUUAAUUGGAAAGCCUCGACAAACCGUGACACCUCUUGCCCUGCAACAGACUACCUUGUGACCUAUGAACUCAUCAACCUGGAGCAGUGUCAGGAGAUGCAGGGAAACGUCCAGACUAGAAACACGACUACGACUGCAAUCAUCCCAGACGCAGUCGAAGGACUAACAAUCACACCUCUUGGCCACGAUGGACUGGAAGUACAAUGGAGUGCCUCGUCAAAUACAAACAACAAUUGCCAUGCAACAGACUACCACGUGACCUACGAACUCAUCAACUUGGAGCAGUGCCAAGAGGCGCCGGAUCACGACGUUGUUGCGACGAAUGUGUCCAUGACUUACAGCACAAUAAAUGGACUUCAUGCGUACUCGUCGUACAAUGUGACGGUGACACCGCGGAACGAGGCUGGAUACGGCCAAAUGCUGUCUCAAACAGUUCAAACGGGAGAAAGGGAACCAACGGGAACUCCGAUACUCGGCGAGAGCUCUGCAUCUUCUGAUAACAUUACUUUCACCUGGUCCCAAGUUCUUUGUGGUGGCAGAGGAGGCGCUAUUACGGUGUACCAGUACAAGCUCACGAAGAGAGGCAGCAUGACUGCAAUAAGAAAAGAUAACACAACGGCGAUGUCCGUCACAUUUCGCGGUUUAUCACCUUGUACAUCGUAUGCAUUCAUAGUCCGCGCAUUCAAUAGUAAAGGGAAGGGACCUCGGACUAAUGAGCACCACCAGGAUGCAGUUAAAAUAGUUCCAGACCCUGUUGAAGGACUAACAAUCACACCUCUUGGCCAUGAUCGACUGGGCGUACAAUGGAAUGCCUCGUCAAAUACAAACAACAGUUGCAAUGCAACUGACUACCACGUGACCUAUGAACUCAUCAACUUGGAGCAGUGUCGAGAGACGUCAAGUCAUGAUGUGAGCACAAUGAAUGUGUCUGUGACCAACAUCGUGAUAAAUGGACUUCAUGCGUACUCGUCGUACAAUGUGACGGUGACACCGCGAAACGAGGCUGGGUACGGUCCGAUGCUGUAUCAAACAGUUCAAACUGGAGAAAAGAAACCAACGGAAACUCCAAUACUCGUCGAGAGUUCUGCAUCGUCUGACAACAUUACUUUCACCUGGUCCCAAGUUCCUUGUGGCGGUAGAGGAGGCGCUAUUACGAAGUACCAGUACAAGUUCAUGAAGAGAGCCAACACGACUGUAAUAGAAAAAGAAACCACAACUGCGAUGUCCGUCACAUUUCGCGGUUUAUCACCUUGUACAUCGUAUGCAUUCAUAGUUCGCGCGUUCAAUAAUAAAGGAAACCGCGCGGGACCUUGGACUGACGAGUACUACAAGGAUACAGUUGUAGUAGAUGAAAUCCAAUCCCUCAACCUGGAGCCCUCAACCAAUGAAAUCAAGGCCUCUUGGAUAACUGCUGGGAACGAGGACAACCCUUGCCCUGUGACCUCGUACCGCGUUAGUUACCAACUUCUCAACUUUGAGCAGUGCCAACCGCAGACCGAGCAUACCCAGAUACACACGACAGUAAAUGACACGAACGUCAACAUAACAUCAAUGCAUGCUUACUCCACGUACAGUGUGCAAGUCGUACCAGCGAAUAAUGCUGGCGCGAAAUACAUGAACAACAAGACAGUUACGACCGACGAGGGAGUGCCAUUGGCUGCUCCGGUACUCGACACAAUGCUCCUGUCCAAUCAGAGCGUUCGAGUGUCUUGGCAUCCCAUUCCAUGCGGCAAACGAGGCGGUAACAUCACAGGCUACACGUACGAGCUGCGUGACGCAUCUGGGUCCAUGGUAAAAACAGCCGACACCACGGCAGAGUCUGUUGAAGUCGAUGGUCUGUCACAGGGGGCGUCCUACUCCUUCAGGCUGCGGGCGUUCACGCGUGUAGGACCAGGACCCUGGAAGGAAGAUGAUUUUGAGAUUCCCAAAGACGAUGCUGCUCCGCCUACUCCGCCUACUCCGCCUGGGAGUAGUCCUGCGGGCUCAGUUUUGGGCGUGGUCGUCUUUAUCUUGGUAGCUUUGAUUGUUGCUCUCCUGAUAGCUAUCGUAGUCAAGAAACGACGAAAGCAGAGGACCAAGGCACUGAGCAAGGACAGCACUGGCGAUGGUGUCCAUGAUAUUUAUGGGAAAGGAGACCAAGGUGGAGUUGAGCUGAAGAAUCUGCCAUCUACCUCUGGUUACAAGCCAUACGCUACAAAGGGUCAUGAACCAGUGGUGUCAUCUACUAAUCCACCAAAGUCAACCGAUCAAGUAGCUGUUGAUGUGUUGCCAAAAGCGGGACCAUCCACUGAUUCAGCAUCAGCAUCUGGUCCAUCCACAUCCACUAAGGCUCCCGUGAAGCCCAAACCGUUCGUCAAUCCUUCCACCAAGCCCAAGCUGAAGGCUUCGGCAAAGGCAUCCCCGAGUUUUCCCCAAGCCGGCCCAGUUGCCAUGGCUCACCUGGCUGAAUACAUCAAGAGUAGAACAGCUGGGAAGGUCAACGGAUUCCAACAGGACUACGAAUCGAUUCCAGGUGAACCAAUCCACCCGUGGAAUGUGGCCAAACAGGAUCACAACAAGAAGAACAACAGAUACAAUAACAUCCUGGCCUAUGACCACUCUCGCGUGGUCUUGGAGUGUCUUGAGGAUAACCCACACUCAGACUACAUCAAUGCCUCCUACAUCAAUGGAUACAAGCAAGAUUACAAGUACAUUGCCAGUCAAGGUCCUACCAAGGCAUCAGUGAAGGACAUGUGGCGCAUGGUGUGGCAGGAGCGAGUGGGCAAGAUCGUCAUGCUGACGAACCUGAUCGAACAUGGCAAGGGGAAAUGCGAGCAGUACUGGCCCGAUGACAUUGCCGACUACGGAGAACUGUUUGUCCGUAAUGUUGAUGAAACAAAACAUGCCAAUUUCAUUGUGAGGACUUUUCACGUGUCGAAGAGCACUGAGCCUGAGGGUGAAUACCGUGAGUUAACCCAGUUCCACUACACCACCUGGCCAGACAUGAAACCACCAGAGUCAUCUCCGCUACUUCAGUUUGUCAGAACGGUCCGAGCAACAGACGCUUCACAACAUGGACCCAUCGUUGUCCAUUGCAGUGCUGGAGUUGGCCGCACAGGAACCUUCAUCACUUUGGACUCCAUGCUUGAGAUGGCGGAGGCAGAGGGCCAAGUCGAUGUCUUGAAGUUUGUACGCGAUAUGAGGAAUCAGCGCUUCCUUAUGGUCCAAACUCUGGAUCAAUACAAGUUCAUCUUCGAUGCUCUGUUGGAGUCAAGUCUGUCAGAGAACACGGCCAUCAGUGCUGAUCGCUUUCAUCAGAGCUUCGCUAAACUCAAGAAACGGGACAAGAAAGCAGGGACUACUGGCAUCGAGGCGCAGUUCCAGAUGUUGGAGUCGUUCACUGCCUCACCGAGCGAGGAGCAGUGUAUGGGAGGCAGGAGCGCCGCCAACGUUGACAAGAACAGAUUCAAAGACUGCAUUCCUAAAGACAGCACCCGACCGUAUCUGAUGACCAAAGGUGACGAAGGAAGUACCAAUUACAUCAACGCUACAUUCCUGGAUGGUUAUAACAGCAAGCAUGCCUACCUUGCCACCCAGGCACCUCUGCCUAACACACGGGGUGAUAUGUGGAGGAUGGUGUUCGACUACAAAGCAUCUUGCAUUGUCAUGCUCAAUUCUAUGGACAAUGACCCGAGCGUUGUCCAGUAUUGGCCAGAGAAGGACAGUUUGGAGUUUGGACCACUGACCGUUACACUGACGAAUGAGGACCGAUAUUGCGAGGACAUUAUCAUACGGCAGUUUGAUGUUAGCUAUCCCGCUAGGAAGAAUGACGAGGUUCAGAGCGUCUGUCAGAUCCAAUACCUGGGAUGGCCCCCUGGGAAAGAGGUCCCAAGAUCUCCGUCUAGUCUCCUCAAGGUGCUGGAGGCUGUUAAGAUGUGGACGACCGACCACCCUGAUGGACCCAUCGCUGUCCACUGCAUUGACGGUGUUGGAUGCAGCGGAACCUUCUGCGCCAUACUCACACUCCUGGACCAACUCGCAGUGGAGAAAGACGUAGACGUCUUCCAAGCCGUCAAGAAACUCCGCAUCACCCGGGCUGGGAUGGUCAACUCUCUGGCUCAGUACCAACUGUGCUACCAGGUGAUCCAAACCUACUUGGAUUCGGACUCAAUCUACGAGAACUAUUGAUGCACCAGUGUGGAACAAGUUAUUUAACAUCAUAAAUGUCAGAUUUGCAUGUCCAUUAAUUUGUAACUGAUACCUAAAGUUUUUGUAACGUCAGACAGGAUUUUUAAAAGGUAGGUUUCGCUUCUACCUCAGUAUGAAAUCUAGUUUCAAUUCUAGCUCAGCAAAUUUCUAUUCGUCUUGGGGGCCCAGGCUGCUAGCCUUUUUGUUCUUAUCUCGUUGACUGACUUUCUGACUGACUGACAAGACUGUUUGUGGUACGGAGCGCUGGGCAGUGUUAUCGUAUAGGAUUAUCCAGUAAUGUGCUAAAUCUGAGUCAUUGUGUAUAGACCAGGGCCCAAUUUCACGGCGCUGCUAAAAAUC